GCAAGCGCAUCAAUGCCCCAAUCCAGCCGCCCCCGAGCAGCAUCCCACGAUUCUGAGGAGCCCCUGCUGCCAACCGACAAUGUCCAUGACUGCGGUUGCAACAUCCUUGUGGAGUACUACGAAAAACGGCACAAAGCGCUUCAGCGCGUACUCAUCAUCCAAUGGAUAGCUAUCGUGUUCCUCGUCUUUGGCAUAGUGCUAGUGCUUCUGUCAAGGUCGAAUGACGGGAUACACUGGAUACCCAACGAGCUAUAUUCCCCCGCCAAAGACGCAAUCCGAUAUGAGACCAAAGUCUUCAGUCAUGGCUUUGGCGGCGACAAGAGCGAGUAUAUGGGUCCUCCCACACAAGAGAAUAUAUUGGCUUGGGAUCGUCUCUACCAAGCCGGUAUCAGCAUGAUUCCCCAUGAGCAGGCAGCCCAGCUCCCCGUAAAGACCGCCGCUAUCCCAGAGGAACCGGGGUACUAUGUCGUGGGACUGGACGUUUUCCACCAGCUGCAUUGCUUGAACCACAUCCGGUUGAAGCUGUGGGCGUAUCACGAUAACAGCGCCAUUCCAACCAGCUCUGCAGCUUUCAAUGCCUCCCAGACGGGUUCGUCUCAGGAGAAAGAGAGUGGCAAUCUCGGAAUUGAGCACCUCGACCACUGCGUUGACUCCAUCCGCCAGAGUCUCAUGUGUUCGUCGGAUAUCUCGACCGUUGUGUGGGCAUGGGACGAAAGUCGCCAAAUGACGCUGCCGCUCGCGAACGUCACGCAUACGUGUCGUGAUUUCGAAGCGAUACGACAGUGGGCGGGGAUGAGACAGGCGUCGGAUUGGGAUCGGGGGGUUGAUCCAUCUCGUUUAUGAAAGGUGGGGUCUAGGUGUUGAGAGUCUCAACCGGGGGUAUAGAUUAACAUGGCAGUUCACUAGCAAGUCUACAUG